GUGCCUCAGCGCCUCAACACUAUUGUCGAGAAAUGGAAGCCUGGCACCUCGGAGUGCGCCUUCAAGUACUACUUCUACAACAAGGUGGACGAGGCCACCGUCCCCUUCUUCCACCCCGGUCCUAACGACGACCCCAAGGAAUGGGAGGAGGCACUGCAGAACAAGCCUGCACCGGGUAUGAUGCCUGUGCUGGCCUCUGGUUUCACUGCUAUUGCAGAGCGCCUUAAGAACCAGCGCAACGUGAUCAGCAUCUUCAACCAGCGCCUGCACGAGAUCAACAACUGCCUGGAUUCCAUACUGAGCAAGCACGACCUCGACUGGAGCGUCAAGAUGAUCGAGGCCCGUCGCAAGCAUGAGGUCCUCCGGCGGCGGACGUUAGUGCUCGCAAGAAAGGUGCAAGUGCUGCGGAAUCGGGGCUACGCGCUGUCAGGCGAUGAGGACGAGCUGCGCAUAAAGCUGGAGAACAUGGAGAAGGCUGUGCAGGAUCCUGCGGUUAACGCCAGGCUGGACGAGCUGUGGAGCCGUCUGAUCUUCUUGCGGGAGCAAGCUCAGUUCCUGAAGGACGAGCUGGCCAAGAAGGGACUGGGCGAUGAUCAAGGUCUGGAUGGCGAGGUGGAGGUCAAGGUCAAGAAGAUCGUGGAAGACUACGAGAAGCAGCUUCAGCACCUUAGAAAGGAGUGUGAGCUGAUCAAGAAGGACUUUGACGAGUACGAAAAGGACCAU